AUGUCUUCUAUACAAACUACCUCUAAUGAAGAAGAACCUAAAUUUGUUGAAGGUGAGGAGACCGAAACAUCUAAUGAACCUUCAAAAAUUGUUAAAAAAGAAGAAAUUAUUAUUGGCGAUCCUCCAACCCAAAAUGAAAGUAAGGGAAGGAAAGAAAGUGAAAAAGAUAACAAAGUAAUUACCCCAUUUAAGGGCAUCAACAAAACUGAUUUAACAAGACUACAAAAGUAUGAUGGAACCUAUGAAGACGGUAGAAGUACAAUUCAACAACUUUACACUGGACUAACUUCAUUAAAUGGAAUGAUGUAUUAUCAAGAGAACGAGGUACGGCCUCAUGUUAGUUUUAAAAAAUUUUCCAAUGAAAUUAAAAUAAUGUCUCGUGCAUACGUUGGAUUAGAGUCAAAGGGUUGUGGCGUUUUGUUCAUAACAAAUAAUAGCUGGAAAUCAUAUGCAAUGGGAAUUGGAUGUGUGUUAGCGGGAAUGUAUCAAAUAUAUAUUAACCCUAAAACACCAGUUAAUAAAAUAGAUGAAAUAAUAAAACAGUCCAAUGUUGUACAAAUUGUUACAGAUAGCAAUUACAAAGAUAUUGUUAUUGAGGUCAUCCAUUCAACUAAAGUUCAAAGUGUGUUAAUUGAUGGAAUAAAUACUGACAAUGAAUUUAUGUCAUACGACCAUUUUAAAUCUUCUGGGCAAAGAAUAAAUGACAGUAUUAUCUCAAGUAUUGAAAAAGAGAUUCAUCCAACUAAUAUCGCUGAAAUGGUUUUCGUAGAAGGUGAUAAAGGGAUUCAUGGAGUGAUAUGGACCCAUGGAAAUAUUAUUUCAGAAUGUAACGCUAUCAAAAAUUCGUUUCAAUUAAGUAACUCUAUUAGGUAUAUUGCGUGUCAUCAUCAAUCUUAUUAUCUUGAACGUAUAUUCUCAUUAUACUUACCCAUGUUAUUUGGAUAUCAAAUUUAUAUUUCAUCAAAGUCUGUUUACCAACAAACAUUAAAACAUUUUGUAGAAAUAGCAAAAAAAUUUAAACCAACUCUUGUUUUUGGUGUUCCUCGAUUUUAUGAGAAGUUAUUAUUCAGAGCAAAAGAAAUUAGUGGUAGUUCUAAGAUAAUAAAGAAAAUGAAACAAGUAGGGGUUAAAGGAAUUAUCAAUAAAGAAGUUAACGUAUCAAAACCAGUUGGGUUUGGAAUAUCAAAGAGAUUGUUAUUUGACAAAGUAAAAUCACAACUUGGUUUAGUUACAACACAAUAUUUUUUAUGUUCUGGUUUAAUUGAAACAGAGACAAUAAAAGAAAUAAUGGGAAAUGGAAUAGAAGUAUUUUGUGGAUUAGCAUUUGCAGAAACAACAGGAUUUUGUUGUUUAAAUAGAGAAAAAAAUUUACAGAUUGAUACUGUUGGAAGGCCAUUAAAAGGGGCAAAUAUUCUUUUUAAGGGAAGGUCUAAAUUAGUUAUUGGAGGAGCUCUUGUUGCAGGAGGAUAUUCUGAUGGUGAGAUAGGUGAAUAUGGGUUUGAUACCAGGUUCAAAGCAAAGGUAUGUAAAUUUAAAGAUUCUUCUUCUGCGUUUGUGAAGCUUAUUGAAGAAAAUAGUUCAUUUAUUUAUACCAGUAAUGGUGAACAAGUUCCUUUCAAACUAAUAGAAGAACAACUUAGAACAAUACCUGUAGUCAAAAAUGCAAUGAUUAUUGGUAAUAAUAAACCAUAUAUUAGUUGUAUUCUUAGUGUCUUUUAUGAAAAAGUUAAAGAAGAGUUAAAAGAAAAUUGUCCAAUAGAAACACAAAUAAGCAAAGACAAAUAUUUUGGCACAUAUCUUAGACAACACAUCGACCAAGUCAAUAAAAAUUUUUCACACUCUCUUCAAAUUAAAAAGUUUGGAGUUGUACUAGAAGGAACAGAUCAAAGUAAAUGGUUAAAUGAGACGAGUACUAUAAAAGAAAGAAAUGAGGCGUUAAAAAAUUUUAAUGAAUUUAUUACCAAGUUAUAUACAACCAAAAUUACAGAAAGUAAAUUAAAAACAAAUGAAAAAGAAAAGGAGUUUCAAAAAUAA